UAGAAUUUUUUUUGUUUCGGUAUUAUUCUGUCAUUUCAUUAGCUUAAAUUGUUACAACAAUGCAUAUCCGCGCCGCUCUUUUGCGUAAUGUUCGUCGUUUCGGCAGCUGCCGUUUGACAUCUCUUCGUUCUGUUGGCUACCGUGGAUUCCAGCCGUAUGUGCGUAGUGGAACAAUUUCCCAAUGUAUCCGUGGGUUUUCCGCUGAAUCAGAGAAGCUUCGCGAGUUGGUUCAAGGUGAAAUUCAGCAUGAGAAUUCCAACUAUGAGUCUCCUGCUAACAUCAAAACUUUUUUGGAGAAGAACGAUUGGAAUUUUGUUGAGAAGGACGGUGACAUUAACAUGACGUUAGAAAAGACGGUUGACGGCAAGAAGGUUACUGUUGAUUUUCAGUUGGUCUCUCCCUUUGAGACUGAAGGUGAUGGUGAGGCCCAGGCUGAGAUGACUGACUUUUCUGUAACGGUUGAGAAACCAACUGGACAAGGUAUUACCUUUUACUGCAGUACUCUUCAAAAUGACGACAAAUUCCGUUAUAUGAUUUGCAACGUUCGUUUCUUCAGUGACGAGGCUUCCAAGAAUUCUGUUUCAACAUAUAAUGGACCUGACUUUGAAGAUUUGGAUGACAGUCUACAGGCUACUCUUGAUGAAUGGCUUGGUAGUUUGGGCAUCGAUGGGGAGUUGUGUGAUUUCAUUGAUUCUUGCAGCAUAGACAAGGAGCAGCGUGAAUAUAUCUUCUGGCUAAAGGGCCUAGAGAAGUUCCUUGCUUAGACUGUUUUGAUUCUUUGAGUUAUUGUAUGCAUCUUUAAGGCGAAUUAAAAGGGUUAUUUUGAUUUAUCUACACGUUACGUUGCAAUUUCAGCGGGAUGUUGCUGUUACUGCAACACACACUAUUUGCUGUCUACCAAUUUAAAGCUUAUACACAUGUCACCGUAAUAAUAAAUUACACAC